AUGGACAAUUUACCAACGGAGAUACAUCUCUUGAUAGCGGAAAGUCUAAGAGAGGGUCCUAGAGUCCUGCAACCUCAUCGAGAUGACGUACGCGCAGUCUCGACUAUGGCAUGGGAGAGAUUAGAUUGGAAUUCAUGUCUCAAGUGGAAUACUAAGCUUCCUAAGUUUUGGGACGCCGUUUUCCAGACUGUACAGGAUCUGCUAAACCUGUCUCUCGUCAACCGAAAAUAUUAUGCGAUCGCCUCCCCCAUCAUGAACAAAAUCCUGGCGUUAGUCCUCAAAUGUAUAAAACCGCCCUGGGUCGAAGUGAAGAAGGCACGCGAAAGACAAGUCCGUACUUUAGCUCGAUACCUCGAUGGCAUUACCAACCUAGGCCGCAAUUUUCGCCGUUGGGCAGUCCGAGUCACCGCCCCUGCAAAUGGAUACCGGCUUAAAAGCUUUACAGGGCAUGGCAGAGUCUCUUCAUACAACUUGUGGGCUGAAAGACUCAUGAAUAAUCGAUUCUACAUGCCAAAACGUCGCGUGUAUGGCAGUAGUACUCACGUCAUGCCGUCACUCGACACAUCGCCCACUGCCCCUGGGAGACAUUCGCGGCUAAUCGACCCUGAACAAUCUUGCUAUGAUGAACCAGCUGGACUUCUGUACAUGUUAAGGAGCCUAAACAAUGACAUAAUUGACUACAAAUAUAUUACUAGCACCGAUGAGUAUGAGAUCAUCGUCCACGAUCGGCCUGUGAAGCGAGCUUUGGUGGAGCAUGAAGGUCAGCAACAUCAAGGUCAUCGCAUUUAUAGUCCGGUCUCAAUUGAAGAUCGAGCACCACAAGAGCGAGAAUGA